AUGGCCAAUCUGGGUUAUAAGGAAUCGCUGUCAUUUGGAGGCUCAGGCCAUGCGCAGGGGCAACAAGUUGUGCCAUUUGAGAGUGGUGCAUUGAAGCUUUUGCUACAUGGGGCCCUAGUUAUAUGUGUCAAUGAGGCCAAGAACCUUCCUGCCAUGGAGGGUUUGCAUAAGCAUAUGGGGCGUGUCAUUGCGAAAGUGCCUGGGAGAAGUAGCAAAACAACAACCAGUGCUCCCUAUGUUACAAUUGCACUGUCAGGUGCUGUAGUUGGGAGGACCUUUGUGAUUAGUAAUAAUCAGAACCCGGUUUGGAAGCAGCAUUUUGAUGUUCCGGUCGCGCACUAUGCUUCAGAAGUGCAUUUUGUUGUGAAGCAUAAUGAUAUGGUGGGAUCUCAGAUCAUAGGUUCUGUGGGUAUCCCAGUUGAAGAGUUAUACGCUGGUUUUAAAAUUGAGGGAACCUUCCCUAUUCUUAACUCCACCGGUCAUAUCUGUAUGCCUGGAGUUGUUUUGAGCUUAUCAAUUCAGUAUACCUCAUUUGAAAAGUUGACCUUUUAUAAUCGUGGGAUAGGUUCAGAUCCUGAUCAUCAAGGGGUCCCUGGUACUUACUUUCCUCUUAGGAGAGGUGGUAAAGUAACUCUGUAUCAAGAUGCUCAUGUUCCUGAUGGUUGCCUUCCCAAGUUUGAGCUUGAUGGUGGUCUUGAGUAUAAGCAUGGAAAUUGUUGGCAAGACAUAUUUGAUGCAAUAAAUCAGGCGCGUCGCUUGAUAUACAUUACUGGGUGGUCAUUGUACCACAAAGUUACUUUGGUUCGGGAUAAUCAUGGUGCAUCAAAUUGCACAUUAGGGGAUCUUCUUAAGAACAAGUCACAGGAAGGUGUGAGAGUGCUGCUGCUUGUAUGGGAUGAUCCAACUUCAAGGGAUAUUAUGGGAUCUAUAAAGGGAGGGCUCAUGAAAACAGAUGAUGAGGAACUUCGACGUUUCUUCAAAAACUCUUCAGUCCAAGUGCUUCUUUGCCCUCGAUCUGCUGGAGAGGGUACCUGGGCCAAAAAGCAGGAAGCUGGAAUAAUCUAUACCCAUCAUCAGAAAACUGUGCUUGUGGAUACUGAUGCUGGUCAUUCUAAGAGAAAGAUCAUCGCAUUUGUUGGAGGUCUCGAUUUAUGUCGGGGACGUUAUGAUACUCCAGAGCAUCCUAUCUUUAGGACGUUACAAACAGUGCACAAGGAUGACAAUCAUAACCCUACUUUCUCGAAGCCUGUUAUUGGGUGUCCAAGGGAGCCAUGGCAUGAUUUGCACAGUAAAAUUGAUGGUCCAGCUGCUUAUGACAUCCUCACCAACUUUGAGCAGCGUUGGGGGAUGGCUUCAAAACCACAUGGUCUUCAUAAACUGAAGGAACGAGGGCUUCAAAAGCUGAAAGCACGAGGGCUUCAUAAACUAGAAACACAAGAAGAUGGUGAUGUUGAUGAUGCAUUACUUAAGAUUGAGAAAAUUCCUGAACUUAUUGGGAUGACAGAGGUGUCUCGCUUGAGUGAGGAUGAUAUAGAAGCUUGGGAUGUUCAGGUUUUCCGCUCAAUUGAUUCUAAUUCAGCGAAGGGAUUUCCCGAAGACCCCAAAGAUGCGACAAGCAUGAACCUGGUUUGUGGGAAAAAUGUGCUGAUAGACAUGAGUAUACAUGCAGCUUAUGUGAAAGCAAUCCGUGCAGCUCAACAUUUUAUUUACAUAGAGAACCAGUACUUUCUUGGAUCAUCAUAUAAUUGGAACUCAUACAAUAAUUUAGGUGCAAACAACUUGAUACCAAUGGAAAUUGCUCUGAAAAUCGUGAAUAAAAUCAAAGCAAAUGAGAAGUUUUCUGUGUAUAUUGUUAUACCCAUGUGGCCAGAAGGUGAUCCUACAAGCGUUCCUAUUCAACGAAUUCUCCUUUGGCAGCAUAAAACAAUGCAAAUGAUGUAUGAAAUGAUUUACAAGGCUUUAAAAGAUGUUGGACAUGAAAACACGUACUGUCCACAAGACUAUCUGAAUUUCUUUUGCCUGGGGAAUCGUGAGAAUGGAGAAAACAAUUCUGCUGCAAGUAAUCUAAGUGAAGCAAACACUCCUUAUACACUUUCUCAGAAGAGUCGGCGCUUUAUGAUCUAUGUUCAUUCUAAAGGAAUGAUAGUGGAUGAUGAAUAUGUCAUAAUUGGAUCUGCAAAUAUCAAUCAGCGAUCCAUGGAAGGUCCCCGAGAUACUGAAAUAGCAAUGGGGGCUUAUCAGCCUCAUCAUACUUGGGCAAGAAAACUCUCAAGUCCACAUGGAAAGGUAUAUGGAUAUAGAAUGUCACUGUGGGCAGAGCAUAUAGGACUUGUUGAAGAAUGUUUCAAGCAGCCAGAGAGUCUUGAAUGUGUCCAAAGAGUAAGGACUUUGAGUGAGCAGAACUGGAGUCAAUACAUAGCCGAUGAAGUCACAGACAUGAAGGGUCACCUCCUGAAAUAUCCGGUUGAAGUUAGUCCAACUGGAAAGGUGGAGCCUCUUCCGGGGUGUGCAGCAUUUCCAGACAUUGGUGGCUACAUAUUGGGGAGGAUAUCAUUCAGAGCCAUGCAAGAAAAUCUCACAAUCUGA